AUCUCACAUGACAUUUCUCCACGUUGUUGAAGCUCUGUUUUCUGGACGGUAACAGUGAUAUGGGCAGUAACAACUGGAUCCAUCCACCACCUGACUCAACCGGUGGAAGGUGUAUCUUAUAGUUCUGAGACUGGCCCCGAAGCAUACUUGAAAAGGAUAACCAAGACCAGAAAAGAUGGAGAUGCUCAACUUCACCAACUACUCCAACCUCAGCUCCGACAAUGGAAGCAGCAGUCUCUUCUCUAGGAGUCCCUACAAAACGGUAGAGAUCGUCCUCAUCAUCCUGGUGGCCGGGUCACUCAGCCUCGUCACCAUCAUUGGCAACAUCCUGGUUAUGCUCUCCAUAAAGGUCAAUAGGAACCUCCAGACUGUCAACAACUAUUUCCUGUUCAGCCUAGCCUGUGCUGACCUCAUCAUUGGCCUGUGUUCCAUGAACCUCUACACCGUCUACAUUGUGAUUGGACACUGGCCCUUAGGCCCAGUCAUGUGCGACCUGUGGUUGGCCAUUGAUUACGUGGUCAGCAACGCCUCGGUUAUGAACCUCCUCAUCAUCAGCUUCGACCGCUACUUCUGCAUCACCAAGCCUCUCAGCUAUCCGGUGCGCCGCAGCACCACGAUGGCGGGGAUGAUGAUUGCGGCGGCCUGGGUGCUGUCAUUCGUACUAUGGGCCCCUGCCAUCUUGUUCUGGCAGUUCAUCGUGGGUGGGCGGACGGUGCCGCCUGGCGAGUGCUACAUCCAGUUCUUCUCCAACGCAACGGUGACAUUUGGCACAGCCAUCGCAGCCUUCUACCUGCCUGUGGCCAUCAUGAUCAGCCUCUACUGGCGCAUAUCCAGGGCCAGCCGCAGCCGGGUACGGAGGAACAGCAGGAAACCUUCAGGGAAUAGCCUGGGAGAAGGCCCAUCGCAGAGCCAGGAGGAUGGGUUCAGGGCCCAGCCCAACGACUGCACUGUGACUGGGGAGGAGGAGGAGGAGGAAGGUGGGGAUGGAGAGAAGGCCGGGGAGGGGGUCCAGCAGAAGAAUGGCAGGGAGCCCUGCAGAGGGUAUGGGCCAGACAAAGAUAGCUCUACCACAACAUCCAAUCAAAGGGAAGAGCCUGGCCUAUCACAGAAGGGGUCAAACGGUGAGGCCAAACCCAGCCAGACGCGGUGUUGCUCUCAGAACCAGGCCACAUGCUGCGGGCCCAAACUCUCCUGUAUCAGAAGCAACCCCUGGCCUGAGGGAGAGACAUACACAGCCACGCACAGCAACACAGAUUCCACCCCUGCCACAGAGAAACACAGCCUGGUGACACGGACGCUGUUAAAGGUGACCAAGAGGAACUCCAAGCAGAGCUCCAAGAGGAAGACGAAGAAGAGGAAGGGCCCUCCGUCUCGGGAGAAGAAGGUGACGCGCACCAUCAUGGCCAUUCUGGUGGCAUUCGUGGCCACGUGGACGCCAUACAAUGUGAUGGUGCUCAUCAACACCUUCUACUCCAGCUGCAUCCCCAACUCGCUGUGGACCUUUGGCUACUGGCUGUGCUACAUCAACAGCACCGUCAACCCGGCCUGCUACGCCCUGUGCAACACCACCUUCAAGAACACCUUCAGACAGCUGCUGCUCUGCCAGUACAGGAACAUACGCACAAUGAGGUCAUGAGGACCAGGGGGUCAGGGGUCAUGGCUGGGAAGCUGCUGUCUUCAUUCACUCAGAUACUCACAGAUCUGAUAGGACUGGAUAGGUGAAAGUAGGUGAAGCUAUUGUUUAGGCCUACCCAGUCGUCUUUGAUCCGUGCAGGGGGCUGAACCAGGGCAGAAGGAAGAGGGGAGACAACUUCUUAGAAUGAAAUGCAGCUCAGAUGUGUAUCGAUGUUGGUUGUGGUUUUACAUGAGUAGGUUCCAAAUUAGACUGCUAUUCUCAUGAAACAUUUGGUUUCAACAUGGUGGCUAAACUCUGUUUACAUAAUGACUAUCUAUGUUAUGUUUUGGGUAUGUGACACACAUGUCUACUCCAUGGUAUGUAUUUGGAUGUCUCUGGUAUGUCUGGGUGAUUCUGUCUUACGUCUUGUGAUUGCUUGUUGUUCAGCGCUUGUUUGCUGUUUGCUACACAGGUGCAGUGGCAGAGGUUUGCUCGGAGCUGUUUCUGCACUGUUCAGACACUUAAGGUUGAUAUACUAUGACACAUGGUUAUAGAUGUUCCCCUAUGUAAGUAUAAAUUAGGUUUAGCUUGUUCAAAUAAGAUAGUAUUCUGAGAAAGAACAUAAAAACACCAGUACUGUCGAUAUAUAUCUAGGAGAAGAAGAGGAAAGAGAGAGAAGAGAGGAAGAAGACUGAGAAUUUCCCGCACUACCAAAAGCAACAGUUUCAGAGAAACAUAAGACUGUACAAAUACACCUGUAAAUAUACAUACACACUAUAUAUACAAAAGUAUGUCGACAACCCU